AGAAAAGUUUGGUGUGAUACGAUAACAUCAGGCAAACUGAGUUGAUAAAUAGGACGGUAUACUGACUCGGAGCGGUAUUUGGUCGCGUGACGCCGAGGCGUGCGCAUCUAACCGAAUCGUUGGCACGGUGAGAGUUCACAUUGGUCAAAAAUCAAUUUUACAUUUGUCGCAUUCAAUUUUUCUGACAAAAUUCGGAUAGUAUCGAAAUAUAGUCGAGAGCUUAACAUCGAUAUGUUGAGAAAAUUAUUAAGCAAAUCUGGUCGCAGACUCCUCAGGGCUAUCAAGAAAUUAUCGACAAAAAGUCGCAAAGCAAAAAAGUCACGAAAUUUGAGUUCUUGGCACUCGACUAUACCGGAAUACGAAACGGAAUCUCUUUCAUGGUCUUUAUUAUCUCUGGAUACAAAAAGUAUCGAUACAUUCACAACUUAUGUUGCCGAUAAUUCCGAAGACAGCGUUUCGAUGUGUUGUUAUUGCGACGAAUACGAAGAGAAUCAACGGAAUGAAAACAUAGAAAACGAAAUGAUGAUCUAACAUACGACGAUAUUACGAUGAAUAUUUCAUCCAUAUAAUUAUUUUUAUCUUUUUUUUUCACUAAUACAACUUCGAGAUAUUUCAUCUCAAAAAUAUGUAUCUACUAUGAAAAGAUCGACGAGAAACAUCGAGGACGUUUGCAAUCCAUUUUAUAAAAUAGUCGAAUGCGUUUAAUUAUUUUAUGAGAUAUAUAUAUUUUCAUAAAGAUUCUUUUGAGAGGACCAUAAAAAAUCACAUUCUUUUAUCAAACGUAAAUAAGAUACUUUUUUUUAAAUAAUGAUUAAUACAACGAACCGUUUAAGAGGUUAUAUUUUUUCGUAAUAGGUUAAUGCGUUUUUCAAAAUGAUAUUAUACUAUUAUAAAUAUGCACACAUUUUAAAUUAAGCUUAUUAUAUAAGUAUUUUUAUUUAUGAUAUUGAAUUAUUUAUAUAAAAGGUAAAAGACGAUAUACGUAUACCUAUCAAUUUUAUCACAGAACGAUUAUAUGUAUAUCACGAUUUAUAUAUUAGUUUUUUUGCUUAGUACUUAUUUAUUUAUCAUUUCAAUUUGAUAAAUACUUUAAUCGUUUAAUCAUAAGAGAGAAAAGAGGAAAAGUGCAGAAAGAAAAGAACGUUUCUUAUCUUCUUCUAUUGUUUUAAAAACUAUCGAUGUACGCGUAUGUAUAUACGAAUUAUCUGUCGAUAAUCUGUUACCAGCGAGGUAAUUUUAAGAUAUUAAGAUAUUCGUCGUUGAAAAUAUUUUCCGUGAAAAUAUUAUAUUUUCUCACACGAUGUACAUAAAAAUAUCACUGUUGUAGUAGAAUAGAUUUAAUUUUGAAAAUUUCACUAUUUAA